AGGGGUCCCGCCGCCCUCCGUUCAGGCGCUGCGCGGCCACCCCGCAGGGUCCUGGCGGGCGCGGGGCCCUGUGCCGUACAGCAUGGCGGCGCUGUGGCGGCGGGCGCGUCCCCCGGCAGUAUCGGGGCUGUGCCGUACGGUCCGAGCGCUCUCAGGAAAGAAUGAGUAUGAUCUUCUGGUCAUUGGCGGAGGGUCUGGAGGCCUUGCUUGUGCAAAAGAAGCUGCUCAGUUUGGAAGAAAAGUGGCUGUUAUGGAUUAUGUUGAACCUUCCCCACAAGGAACCACAUGGGGACUUGGUGGAACUUGUGUGAAUGUUGGCUGCAUUCCUAAAAAGCUUAUGCAUCAAGCAGCCCUUUUAGGGAGUGCCCUUAAAGAUGCCCAACACUAUGGCUGGAAUAUAUCCCAACCUGUUCAUCAUACCUGGUCUGUGAUGGCACAAGGUGUUCAGAAUCAUGUGAAAUCCUUAAACUGGGGACACAGAGUACAACUACAAGAAAAGAAGGUGAAAUAUUUCAACAUAAAAGGAAGCUUUUCUGAUCCACAUACAGUCCGUGGUUUAACAAAAGCAGGUAAAGAGACUGUUGUUACUGCAGAUAAUAUUGUUAUUGCUACUGGAGGAAGACCAAAAUACCCUCUGCAGGUUGCAGGUGCACUGGAGUAUGGAAUCACAAGUGAUGAUCUGUUCUGGUUAAAGGAAUCUCCUGGGAAAACGUUGGUUGUUGGAGCCAGCUAUGUUUCCCUUGAGUGUGCUGGUUUUCUAACUGGCAUUGGAUUGGACACUACAGUCAUGAUGAGAAGUGUCCCACUUCGUGGGUUUGAUCAGCAAAUGGCUUCUUUAGUAACUGAGCACAUGGAAUCUUACGGAACAAAAUUUUUAAAGAGAUGUUUCCCAACUAAAGUUGAAAAAUUGAAGAGCAACAGAUUGCAAGUCACUUGGAAAAAUGCUGACCUGGACACAGAAGAAACCGAUUCUUUCAACACUGUUAUGUGGGCAGUAGGCCGAGCCCCUGACACCAAAACUCUCAAUUUGGAGACAGUUGGAGUGAAAACUAAUUCUGAAACUGGAAAGAUUAUUGUUGAUGCCAGUGAAGCUACUUCUGUUCCUCACAUUUAUGCAGUUGGAGACAUAACAGAGGGCCGUCCUGAAUUAACACCCACAGCAAUAGCUGCAGGAAAACUGCUGGCUCAGCGACUUUUCGGCCAGUCUUCAGAGCUGAUGGACUAUGACAGUGUGCCUACCACAGUCUUCACUCCCUUGGAGUACGGUUGUGUUGGCCUGUCAGAAGAAGCAGCUGUGCAACGUCACGGAUCAGAUAAUAUUGAGGUAUACCAUGCAUAUUACAAACCUUUAGAGUUUACAGUGGCUGAAAGAGAUGCAACUCAAUGCUAUAUGAAAAUGGUGUGCUUACGAGAGAGGGAGCAACGAAUACUUGGCCUUCAUUUCAUUGGACCAAAUGCAGGCGAAGUUAUUCAAGGAUUUGCUCUUGGAAUCAAAUGUGGUGCUACGUAUCCUCAGAUGAUGAAGACGGUUGGCAUUCACCCCACCUGUGCUGAAGAAGUUACCAAGUUGCACAUUACAAAGCGUUCUGGCCUGGAUGCAACAGUCACAGGCUGCUGAGGUUAAAUACCAUCCCUGGAAAGAAGGAAAAAAAGCACAAAACAUAUUUGUAAAGAAAAGGGGCACUUGAAGUUGAAACAGCUUUAAUGGUUCAGGUUACAGGAAUCUUUCUUGUUCUCCUUGUAGAGAGCUUUUUCUCACAGCCAGAAGUUUUCUUUACACCAUUACAGUUCUAAAACCAAUGUAGUCCUGCUGCAACAAAUCUCUCUUUCUAAGUGCCUAGAGCUCUUCUGUUGCAGGGAGCUAGGGAAUGAUCACAGUAUUUUAUAUGUAAAUAUAACUAAAGCCUGUGACAUCUGAAACCAUCUACAAAUGAAGCAGUUGUCAUUUGGGUUUCCCUGCUGGCAUGACUGACUGCCAGCAGAAGAGUCUCAGAUGCUGGGAAUCUGACAGGGCAUCCCUUAGAAGUUUGGCGGGAUGCUUUGCCCUGCAUGCUUGGAUUGCUCAUUACUGAUCCUAAUAUUGUACACUGAGACUCUGCAUUCACUAGUGGAAACAAAUUCCUGGAGUGGGCAACAAAGGGUAAGCAGUUAUCUUUGGGUUUUUUCCUUUAAAUGUAAUAUGUAAAGGAAUUUAAUAGAAAAUCACCUGAAGCUGUACUGCUUCUGGAAAAAUCAUAAUGGAUUAAUCAGUAGCAGCCUGGUCACAGUGUUAUGGUGAGGACUGAGAAUGAAUGAUCUCAGAGGUGCUAAAGGAUGAGUUGGAUUUUAUGGUGGCGCCUCUGCCUACUCCUGAAAUUUUUAAUUCAGCUCAGUCCAAACUAAAUUGAUACAUCUCACAAAUUACUGCUUGAACAGAGUAUAUUAAGCUGACAAGUUGAGUAAAACCUCUAAUAAUCCACCUUACGCCGCAUUUUCUGUUUUAUAGAAUGCAGAAAUAUGGCUGACACUGAAAUAUUUUCUUGGUUUGUUUUUAAGACUUUCUUACUGAGGAGCUGGAGACUAUAUCUGAACUGACUUAUGUCUGGCUUUAAUAAGACACGUUACUGAAGGGAACUGCAUUAAACAGUGAUCCAGAAAAGAAAUUAUCCUGCCCUAAGCAAAGAUAUAAAAUAAUCAUCUGCAAGCUUUUCUUUCUUUUUUUUUUUUUUCCCUCAUCUACUGGCCCGAGUAAGAAAGCACUACCCUGUUGCAAAUUCCUGCAGAUUUUCGUGCUCUCCAGAAGGGGGAGGUGCUGGCUCAUCUGUGGCUGGAGAGGAAAAAAUCUGAGUGAAGCUUCUUGUGCAGAACCUUGUUAAGAGGUAGCUUGACAAAGGCAAACACAAACCAAACUGCGCUGAAUUUCAGUCCCAGUCACAGCUGCAAUAUUUUGAUGAGCACAGUCACAGUUUCUUGCACCCUUUACAGCAGAAUAGAGCACAUUGGAAGAGACCAGCUUCAGGUGAAACAAAAUAUAUCCUUUUAGCAGUUAAUUGAUAUCAGUGUUUUAUGUGUGGAAUUUGUUAUUUUCAGUCCAAAUUUGUUUCAGUUUUGAAGAAUAGUCCCAUAAUCAUGUAUAUAUCUGCUGUUUUAAUUUGAUUGGUAUUUCACUGCUGCAGCAACACAGACAAAUGGUUGGCUUAUAUCAAGUGUGAAAUAGGAUUUAACAGCAUUUAUCACACUCUAAUUGAUAUGAGAAUAUUAAGUUUUCAUUUUUUAUUUUUUUUUUAACUUUAACAACAAAAGAAAUCCUUAAUGUUUUGUCUACAAAUUUGCCUGAUUUUUUUUUUUUUUUGGUCCAUGAUUCUGGUCCAUGAAAUAGGAAGAACCGAUACAGUUGGACUACAAGUGGCAUUCCCUUUCAGAUCUGCUGAUGCUAUUUUUCAUCUGGGAAGUCAUCCAUAAGUUUGUAGUUGACAAGAAAUAUUUGGAUUGGAAGUGUUGUUGAAACAAUGCCUGAAUUUUGCAGCUGCCUUUAAAAGAAAUGAUGAAGACUUUAUAUAAGUAGGUGCAUACCUGAACAUUCAGAAGUUUCUGUUUCCUUUAAUAAAGGGCCUUAUGAGUAUGAUGCAGCCGAAAUCCUUGCUAGACUUUCCUCAGCUGUUUACAAAAAAAAGAGUUCAGGGUAAAUUAGGGUUUCUUAAAAUGUUUUACUUAAUAUUUCAAAAUAUGGAGAUACAGCCUAAUAGAGAUUUUGCUGUGAGAAACAGGUCACUUCUGACAAAACUCUACCAUUUAUGCAUGUGAGAUUUUCUUUCUAGUGAUUACCUAUUAUACUUCCUUUUAUUUCCCAAAAAUGAAAGCAUUGGUGUUUAACAAUGUAAAAUCUGCUUCUCAUCUCUGCCCUAGCAGUGCAUCCAGCAGAAGGAAUUGUCUGUCCCUGCAGACAAAUCAAUGGAAAGAUGAGUUAAUUUCAUUCAUCACAAAGUUCAAAUUAGUUAUUUGGGACAGCAUAUAGAGAGAUCUCAAGGAAAUGUGUUCUCAGUGUAUAUACUGUGAAACAAAGGCAUGUUACGGUUUUCAGAAGAAGCAGAACUGUCUUGGUUUUAGAAUUGCUGAGUGGCCAGCAUGAAAUCAUUCCUGUCUCUUCAACAGCAGCCUGGUUCUGUUCCUCAUUUAGUGGAAAAUGCUGUUGCCCCUUGAAGUAAAACUAAACAUACAAUCCCACCUACAUAAUAAUGUCAGAAUCAACAGCAAGACAGAAUAAUGACAAAUAUUGUGAUUGUGCUUAUUUUCCUGAAGGAUUCACCCAGGGAUGGUGCUUAAGAAUUGCUUUUAAGAGCCUGACUAAUGUAAAUUGAAACAAUUGAUGUACAUUGCAACUUACUGAUUGCAUGUGAAAAUGUACAAAAAAAAAAUGUAGUCAGGCUUCUUAGGAUGCCAGCUGAUGAGGAUUUGUUUGUCAAACCACACCAUGGUGCAAACAAGUCUGAGCUUUGCUGGGUCCCUCAUAUGUGUGAUCCAAUAUUUAUUGUGUUGUGAAUUACUUAAUGAAUAAAGAAUAUUUUUUUCUAGUAAA